CCCUCUUUUUCCCCUUUCCUCCAAAUAAAUUUGAAAAUAUAUAAAGGCUUCUUCUUCUUCAGCUGUCUUGAGCAAAUAAUAUUCGGCGGCUGAGCAUUUUUUCUGAAUUCAAAUUCCCAUUUUUGAUUGAUAUCUUCCUUCUAAUAAUGGAGACAACAACAGAAAUUAAGGCAGGGGGAGGAGGAGGAGGAGGAGGAGCAGAGCAGCCGCAAAUUGUGGAUGUCAGGUCAGUGGUAGAAGCCGUCUCCGCCGCCGCCGCUGACGAUGAUGCUGCCACUGACGCACCUCUUUAUGAGGUCGAAAGCCUCUGCAUGCGCUGCGAAGAAAAUGGCGUAACAAGAUUGUUAUUGACUGCAAUUCCACAUUUUAGAAAGAUAUUAUUGGCAGCAUUUGAAUGUCCACAUUGUGGAGAGAGGAACAAUGAAGUGCAGUUUGCUGGUGAACUUCAACCUCGAGGGUGUCAUUAUUGCCUGAAAAUUCCAUCAGGUCAUCGCCAGAUGCUGAAUCGUCAAGUGGUUAAAUCCGAGUCGGCCACUAUCAAGAUCCCUGAACUAGAUUUCGAGAUCCCUCCUGAGGCUCAGCGUGGCUCUUUGUCCACGGUUGAAGGGGUGUUGAUACGAGCUGCUGAUGAGCUGGAGGCUCUUCAAGAAGAAAGAAGGAAAGUAAAUUCUCAAACUGCUGAUGCAAUAGAUGAGUUCUUAAUAAAACUGAGAGCAUGUGCAGCAGCAAAUUCAUCCUUCACCUUCAUUCUUGAUGAUCCUUCCGGUAACAGCUUCAUUGAGAAUCCGUUUGCUCCCUCUCUGGAUCCAUCAUUGACUAUUAAGUUCUAUGCAAGAACUCCUGAGCAACAAGCGUCUCUAGGGUACCUUGUUGACCCAUCACCAUCAGGAGAAGCUGGGGAUGGAGCAUUAUUAAAUACAGAGAAUGGUCCCGAUCAAAUCCAAAGUGAACCACAUGGAUCAGUUGGUGCAAGAGCUGGUCGUCGAGCAAUUGCUCAAGGUAACAGCACGGAAAUUGCUGAAGCAUUGUUUCGGUAUUCUGCACCUGAAGAGGUGAUGACUUUCCCAUUAACCUGUGGAGCUUGUGCUGCCAUGUGUGAGUGUCGAAUGUUCGUUACCAAUAUUCCAUACUUCCAAGAAGUAAUAGUGAUGGCAUCCUCCUGUGAUUCUUGUGGUUACCGCAACUCAGAGCUGAAACCUGGUGGAAGGAUUCCUCCUAAAGGAAAGAAAAUUACCGUUCAUGUUGAGAAUCUAAAGGAUCUUAGUCGAGAUGUGAUAAAGUCAGAUACUGCUGGUGUGAAAAUUCCAGAGCUUGACUUGGAGCUGACGAGUGGCACCUUGGGUGGGGUUGUGACCACUAUUGAAGGUUUGAUUACAAAAAUUAGUGAAAAUCUUGAGAGAGUGCAUGGAUUCACUUUUGGAGAUAGUCUUGAUGACACUAAAAGAAGCAAAUGGCAGGAGUUCAUGACAAGGCUUAACAAGCUUUUGAGCUUGGAAGAGCCUUGGACAUUGAUUAUUGACGAUGCUCUAGCAAAUUCCUUCAUUGCACCUGCAACUGACGAUAUUAAGGACGAUCAUCAAUUAUCAUUCGAGGAAUAUGAAAGAUCGUGGGAGCAGAAUGAGGAGUUGGGACUCAAUGAUAUGGACACUUCUUCAGCUGAUGUAGCUUACAAUGCAGCGGAUGCUGCACCCAAUGGUGAAACAGAAGUCUGAUAUGGUGUGCUUGUUUCUUUAACUGAACCAUUUGUUUUAACCUUGGGGUGUCUUUGUAUCAUCAUUAGGUCGUAACCUCGUAUCACUGUUUCAGUUUUGUUUUAUUUCCCUCGUCGUCAUUUGCUAGUGUGGGAGAAUUUUGCUUGUUAGAAUUGCUGCUGUUCACGUGAUAAUUACUUGUAUAUCAAUUUUUGUUUUCAAGAUUUAGAAGGAUGAGAAUACUUCGAUCUAUUUAAGGUGGUGUGAACUAGACUGAGUUGAUAA